UUUCAUUCAUUUCGUCUCGUGUGCCAAUUUGUACUAUAAAUUAAUGUUUUAACAUAAUUAACCGAAAAAGUCAAGGUUUAUAAAAGAAAAUGACGCUGUAUCACUUUGGAAAUUGUGUUGCACUACUACUGCCAUAUUAUUUCACCUACAAAUACUCGGGCCUGUCGGAAUAUGGUGCGUUCUGGAAAUGUGUGCAGGCAGGCUGCAUUUAUAUAUUCACACAGCUCUGUAAAAUGCUCGUAUUAGCUACAUUCUUCUAUUCGGACUCAUCUUCGAGUAACGGAGAAUUUAACUUUUUCGCGGAAAUACUGCGCUGCAGCGUGGAUAUUGCCGAUCUACUUGGCUUUGCACUUAUACUGAGUCGCAUACCCGGCAAGGGCCACUCGAAAUUAAUCACCGCUGGAUUGGGCUGGGCWACUGCGGAGGUCAUACUGUCACGUGGCAUUAUGUUGUGGGUAGGCGCACGUGGCACCGAGUUCAGCUGGAUCUAUAUACAGAAGUGCUUGGAGUCCAACGUGAUGCUCGUCCAGCAUUUAUCAACUGCCACGUUGAUCUGGUUGUUCACACGCCACGAUCUCAACAAGGCACUAAAGCCACUAGUCUCCAUAUUGUUGGUCGUGACCAUAUUUAAGGGUGUUUGGCUGGAAGGCUUGUUGCACAUCCUAAGCAUUGGACCUUGGACAUCGAUUGCAGUCAAAGCUCUGGUUGCUGCCAUCAUUGGCUUCUGCUCACUGAAUAUUUAUGCAUGCCUGGCCCAGCAAAUUGGCAUUUAAUUCAAUUUUAGUUUUUCAUUGAAUUUUGUUUUUCAUAUGCUUUGGUUUUAAUGGUAUUUAGAGAGGUACAAGAGUUUAAGACGAAAGAUAACAAAACAAAGAACGAUUUAGAGAAUUAAACA